AUGACCUCGCCUGCGUCAUCUUGCCCAGAUAUCUGGAAGAGGAAGAGUCACGAGAUAUAUCACCAUGCUCUCGAGUCCUUUCCAAACGACAAAUCUCUUUCUGAUUUUCUCUUAUACAAGGGCAAUCGCGACCAUUUGAACGCCAUAUCUCACUGGACGAGCGCGUCGGAGGAAAAGGUGCUGGGCGAGCGAGACAUUGACGCUUGGCUCGACCAACAAGAGGAUAAAUCGACCACCGCCACCAUUCUUGAUACUGUCGACGGUUUUGAUUUCGGGUCCGUCUCUGAGUACAAUACCUCGACGCAACCCAGCAGCCCUGGUACGAGUAGCCAAGCAUCGCCUAGCAAAAGGCCACGACGAGAUGAGCCGCGGCAGCAAGGGGAUGUGCCGCAUACCCUUCGCGAGGUGGGGGCAUUCGCAGACAGUUCAGUCUUCUCCGGAGAAGAAGAAGAAGAAGAAGAAGAAGCGGACGGCGAAAUCGAGACAUAG